AUGGCAAAAUAUGACGACUUCUCUGUGCUGGUGCAAUCUUUGAAACCGACUUUUAUAAUGUUGUCAGAGUCGUGGUUAAGCCCUGCGAUUCCUGAUACAUUAGUGGCUAUAAACGGUUACACUCUUUUUAGGAACGACCGGGACGGCAGAAGGGGUGCCGGUGUGUGUAUCUUUGUAGCGGACUUGAUUUGUUCCAGUUUCACAAUUAAUACCUUAAGCUCGGAAGUCGGCAAUAAUGAAGCACUAUUUCUCAAAUUAUCGAACAGUAGUAUCUCAUUUGUGUUAGGAUGUAUAUACAGACCCCCAGACUCUGCAAUUGGUGAUGAUAGAAAACUCUUUACAACGAACCAAACACCGUCAACCCUCGAUCUAAUUAUCACCUCGGACGAUAAGUUACUAGCAAACUUGGAUUAUCUGGAUCCUGUUGGUAAAUUUGAUCACGUGGUGUUAAAGGUAGAAGUGCAAAUCUGUUUUGAAAGACGAAGGAAGAUUACCUCUACUUGUAGGGUUAUUACGAAUUAUGAGCUGGUCAACAGAGAUCUGUUCAACACUGACUGGUCCACCAUUCUUGUGGAACCAUCUGUAGAAGACAAUUGGACUAGAUUUAAGAAACAGCUUAAUUCUGUGGUGACCAAACACACAGUUUUCGUAGUAAGAAAACAGUCUUCAAAUAAACCAUGGAUCACCAAACAGAUUCUCAAACUUAUUAGAAAAAAGAGGGCGCUGUGGCGACGUUACAAGCGCACUGGUAGUGAGAGUGAUUACAAGGCACACAGAGUGUUUUCAAACAAAGUUUCUGCUACUAUAAGAGAUGCCAGAUGCAACUAUGAGAAGCGCAUUGCUGCUUUAAAAGAUGUGAAAUGUUUUUACAAAUACGUGCGGUCUUCCUUAGUUGGGCCUGUGAAGACCCCUCACCUAAGAGACGUAAGUGGACGUGUCACUGAGGAUAGUCAAUUGGUCGCUAAUUUGUUUGCGGGCACGUUUGCUAAAGUUUUUACAAUUGACACAAAUUCUAAUCUCCCUACUGUACAGACACCCCCAAAUUCCACAACUAUUACUUCCGUUGAAUUCUCUGAGGUAGCAAUAGCUAAAAAGAUAUCUAAACUGCGCAUAACCAAAUCUCCUGGACCAGAUAGCAUUACCGUGAGUCUUCUCAAAAAGUGCCAAUGUUUGUGCCAACCUUUAAAGAUUUUAAUGGAGCAGUCAUUUGAGUCGGGGACUCUACCUCUUGAAUGGAGGUCCGCGGUGGUGAAACCCAUAUAUAAAAAGGGUGAUAAGUUUGUUGCUGACAAUUAUAGACCUGUCAGUUUAACGUCUCACGUAGUCAAAAUCGCUGAAUCCAUUGUUUAUGAUGUGUCUGUUACUACAAAUUUACUCUGUAGUCUUGAGGACUGGAUCAAGACGCUUGAUUCCGGCGAAUCAACUGAUGUUCUGUACUUGGACUUCUCGAAGGCCUUCGAUCGAGUGCCUUUGCGACAUCUUCUACUUAAACUCAACCAUUUUGGCGUUCGUGGAAACCUUCUUCGCUGGAUAGAGGCUUUUCUUUCUAAUCGGUUGUUCAGUGUUAAAGUGGGUGACGUAUUUAGUAUGCAGAGAAGAGUGCUGAGUGGAGUCCUCAGGGAUCGGUACUUGGGCCCCUUCUUUUUGUGA